AUGAGCAUUUCCAAAACUUCUUCAUCCGGAGAACAUGUCGAAAAACAACCAGAAAUCGUUUCAAAUGAUUCCGAACAAAAUCCUCCCUGGGAUGCUUCGAGGGUCGAGAAAAUCAAGCGAAAAGUCGAUAUUCGAUUAUCCGUCAUCUUGGCUCUGAUGUACAUCGUCAAUCAAAUUGAUCGAACGAAUCUACCAAAUGCCGUGAUCGCCGGUAUGGACGAUGACCUCAACCUCAUCGGUAAUCGCUAUUCGAUUAUCGUCGUCGUUUUCUUUCCAACUUACGUCGCGUUCAACUUCGUCGCUACGGUUCUCGCACGCAAGCUCGGUCCACGACUAUUUCUCGCUGGCGUCACACUCGCGUUUGGUCUCGUGGUGAUCGGCUUCGGGUUUUCGAAGCAUUGGACUAUACUCGUGGCUUUAAGAGUUCUACUCGGCAUGUUCGAAUCCUGCUUCUUCCCUUCCGCCCUCUUCCUAGUCUCAAUGUGGUACAUCCGCCACGAAGUCGCUAAACGCAACGCCUUCUUCUACCUCGUCGGAAAUUCAGUCGGAGGCUUCGGCGGAGUCCUAGCCUACGGCCUCCAGCAAAUGGCUGGACUAGCCGGACAUCCUGGUUGGGCUUGGAUCUUCAUCAUGGAAGGAAUCCUCACCAUCGUCAUCGCUAUCCUAGGCUAUAUCCUCCUCAUCGACUUCCCCGAAGACGCACAUAAGACGAAACUCUACCCUGGAGGACCGAGAUUCUUGUCAGAUGAAGAGGUGAAAGUUAUGGUUGAUCGGAUUGAGAGGGAUCGGAAGGAUGCUCAUAUUAGUAAAUUUGAGAUCUGGUCGUAUUUGGCUCAAGGAAAGGAUUGGAAGAUUUGGUGUUUUGCUUUGAACUUCGGAUGCUCUGGUCUAGUCACGUACUCGAUCUCGUACUUUUUGCCGAUCAUUUUGAGGCAGUCUCUGGGAUUUUCGGUUAUGCAGUCACAGUGUUUGACUGCUCCGUGCUACGCUUUCUCAUUCCUCCUCGGAUUCCUGGAGUCCUACAUCUCCGACAAAUAUCGCAUUCGAGGCCACAUUAUUGUCUUCAAUUGCGUUCUCGAAAUCAUUGGGGUCGCACUGUUGGGCUACGCUUCUCAGCCUUAUGUCCGGUACUUUGGAGCCUUUCUUAUCACCGGCGGUUCGAACUCGAACAUUCCUGCUACUAUGACGUAUCAAGCGAACAAUAUUGUUGGUCAAUGGAAGCGAGCGUUUGCUUCUGCUACGAUAGUUGCAGCGGGAGGAGUUGGUGGGGUGAUUGCCAGUCUAGUAUUCCGGAGUAAGGAUGCACCAGGCUAUACUCCUGGAUUGGCGACGUGCUUCACCGCGGCGGGUUUGACGAUUUUGAGCGUGAGUGCUACGAGCAUCUAUAUGGUUGUGAUGAAUCGAAGGCAGGCCCAAGGGAGAGCUGUAUUGGAGGGCAUCGAAGGAUUUCGAUAUACUCUUGUGGUAUACAUUACUCUCUUCGUGUGA